AGUACCAACAUACUGCCAUUCCAUCCCAUCCCAUCCCAUCCCAUCCCAUCCAAUUGAACUCAUAGGCAUUUGAAGUUUUUGGGUUUGGGUAUGGAAACUGGUUUUGGGGGAUUAACUGACACGUCUUGUUCUGGAGAUACUAGCUGUGAUGCUGGUGAUUUUGAAUGUAAUAUCUGCUUUGAAUUAGCUCAAGAUCCGAUUGUGACCGUCUGUGGCCACCUAUACUGUUGGCCCUGUCUUUACAGUUGGCUGCAUCUUCAUUCACGUUCACACGAAUGCCCGGUUUGUAAGGCCAUUGUACAGGAGGAGAAUUUGGUUCCCAUAUAUGGAAGGGGAAAAUCAAGUUCAGACCCCAGAUCUGUGUCGAUACCUGGAAUUAAUAUUCCACAUCGCCCUGCAGGGCAGAGACCCCAAACAGCUCCAGCUUCUAAUAUAAACUUUUUCCGACAAGAUGAGCUUGAUCCCACUGGGGGUUUCAUGCCAAUGGCAACUGCAAGGUUUGGGAGCUUAACAUUAUCUUCUCUGUUUGGUGCUAUUCCAUCAUUUUUUAAUCUUCAGGUCCACGGAUUUCAAGAUGCUACUGUAUACGGAGCAACUACUAGUUUCCCCUAUUUGCUUUCUGGUUCGUUUCAUGGGGGUUAUGCUCAUGGUUUUUAUCACCAUCAAACUCACGGGGAUGGGAUGAAGUUUGUUAUGAAAAUGUCUUUUUUGAUACUUGGUUUUCUCGUGCUCAUUCAUCUAAUAACAUCGUAGACAUUCUGUUCGUGAAGUUCAAUUGUUGGACAGGAGGAUUAUUGGUAGUGCUAUUGUAUAUGUUAGCCUAAUGAACUCGUACUUGUGUUCAGCUUAAUGCUGCGAACAAGAUUUUUCAGUGCUUCACAGCUAUAUGUUUUCUAUCACUUGCACCUAGAUCUGUAAUUUAUUCUUUUUCAUACUAAGCAGGUUGGACAUUUCCUAUUUUCUAACAUUGCAAGAUGAAUCCAAUGUGAAAGUAUGAAGGUGCUGUUGCAUUGUGCGUGCUUGCUCUCGGUCUCAGUUUUAUUCCUUGUGAUAUUGUUUCUGGUCUAUUUUGUGCAGUGUCGCGGUUAUAUGAAAAAGUGUUGAUGGUUCCUGCUAACUUUUUUUGGUUAUUCC